GAAAACUGUGACCGUACUGUCAUUAGUCCUUCCUAGGAAUCUAAUCUAGUGUACCACAUCAGAAGCUUCGUCUGAUCAGUCUACCUUUGUGUGGAACAACCUCUGGACCCCGUAGACCUUUCCAGACAGGAAGAGACAGCAUGUGCACGGGAAAGUGCUCCAAAUUCAUCGGGGUGACCCUGUACCCCCUAGCUCUCAUCUCCAUCAUCUGUAACAUCAUCCUGUUCUUCCCAGGCUGGGAGGUGAACUAUGCCAGAGAUGGAUACAUAACCGAGGAGGUGAAGUACAUGGGGGGGCUCAUCGGAGGGGGCGUCAUGGUACUGGUCCCAGCUAUUCACAUCCAUUUAACUGGGAAAGAAGGUUGCUGUGCCAAUCGCUGUGGGAUGUUUCUGUCCAUUGCCUUUGCUGCUGUUGGCGUUGCUGGAGCUCUUUACAGCUUCUGUGUGGCUAUGGUAGGCCUCAUUAACGGGCCCUACUGUAAAGUACUGCUAGUUUGGACCACACCCUUCAAAGACUUAAAUGACAGUUACCUGAACGACAAAAACAUGUGGUCCUUGUGCACGGAACCCAAGAACGUGGUGGAGUUUAACGUGGGUCUGUUCUCCACGCUGCUGGUCGCCAGUGGGCUACAGCUGGUGCUGUGUGCCUUCCAGAUGAUCAACGGCCUGUUCGGCUGCCUGUGUGGAACCUGCAAGUCCAAGGAGACUUACUAAACUAGCAUGCACUGGCCUCAUAGCUCAUCCACACUCCAGCCUACAGCCAUGAUGAUGCCAAUGAUGAGCUGACUGGCGCCCUCUGGUGGUUGAAGUGUUUCUCCCCACCUGUACAUGACAAACAUCUAUCAACCAUUAACCAAUCACAGUUCUUGAUUAUACAGCAGCUGUUUCCUAUACUUUUUUAUAAAGCUCCAAUUUUACUUUUAUAUUUCAUAAAAUUGUAUUCCAGA